GCACUCGUGGAUGCGCGACACGAUGAGAACGAGUGGCCUGGCAUAUUCACAUCUACCACCGGCAUGGUAUUCUUCGGCACGCCAUUUAGAGGGGCAGAGGGGAUGAGCCAAGUGGAGAUGCUUGCGGCGGCGCGGCGGGAAUACCAGGAGGACGAAGUGCAGACAGACGUUUUAAAGAUACUGGAGCUGGGAAACGAGUUCCUUCAUGAGGUGGUCGACCAAUUUGGGAAGACGCGGAUGCGGGCGAACAAGGCCCAGGUUGCAUGCUUCUACGAGCUCAAGGCAAGCAAUGUUGGAAAGAUUGUAGGGAGGGAGGACCGGACGGUAGGUUUGCAAAGGACUGUGCAUCUUACCAAGGUUGACUGUAUUUGCAGAGAUUCGUGGUGAGCGAGAGCUCUGGCUGCCUCGACCUAUCUGAUUCGACGAGCAAGUUCUCGCUCUCACGAACCCACUUCAACAUGAAUAAGUUUGGGAGGCCCACAGAGGAAGACUUUGAGACGGUGAGAGAUGUAAUCAAGAACAUGCUUGAGGCAUCUUAUGGGCUACUUCUGGCUCGAUCUACAUCUAGCGAAUUAAUUUGCGAACUCUACUGUGUCCCACAUCUUGCAGUACCUCGGUUCUUCGGUAGACAACAGCUGAUCGAGGAAUUGCAGACUUUUCUGCUAAAACCGCAAGGACAGCACGGUAAGCCUAAUGUAGCUGUACUACAAGCCUUAGGCGGACAGGGCAAGAGUCAGAUUGCCUUGGAGUUAUGUCGGAGGCUUAGGAAAGAUUGUCGCGGUGUUUUCUGGCUUGAUGCAACUUCGAAGGCAACGCUAGAGCGGGGCUUUGAAGGACUUGCCGAAAAACUGAACCAGCCAAUUGCCAGACGCCUGGAAGAUACGGAGUCGAAGACAAGGUUCGUGCUAGACACGAUUUCAGAGUGGAAGGAGCGGUGGUUGAUGGUUUAUGACAACUACGACCGCCCUGAUGUUUUUACAGAUAUUAAACAGUUCCUACCUGACAAUGGACAAGCCGGCAUAAUCUGUACAAGCCGGCACGAGGCCACAAAAGUGCUUGGGCGACACGUUCAAGUUCCAUCGAUGGUGAAUGAUGGAGGCAUUGAGCUGCUCCUUAGAGACAUGUCAGAUGAGGAGAUGAAAAGCAGCCGGGCAAAUGGAGAGGAUAUUGUUCGCAGACUUGGGGGGCUAGCUCUCGCCAUCGAACAGGCCGCUGCGUACAUUUCCUUCAACCGGAUGACUCUACCUCAUUUCAUAGACGAAUACGAAAGAAAGAAGGGAAAGGUGCUAAAGUACAUGCGUGAGGAACUCUGGGAGUACCAGAAACGAAGAGACGGGUCGGAGCAAAGCGAGGCGUUCAGCGCGUUUACGACGUGGGAGAUGUCAUUCGAACAAAUGGAACGGCGCGAUGAGACACGUAAGGAUCAUAUCACCAGCUUCCUUAACGUCGCCGCCUUCCUCGAACCUUCCCACAUCGGCAGUUAUCUGUUCGAAACAUACUUCGCAGAAGAGGAUGAACCAUUCCCAUGGCUCGACAUGUUUAGACGUCCAAGAAGCCUCUUAGAUGAAGAGACCGACUCCGAUACCGACUCUGACACCGACCAGGCAUCUUCUACGCACACAUGCGAACAGACAGGCUGGAGCACAGAUCAGUUCUGGUCAACUAUAGAGCGCCUUCAUCGGCUCUCUCUGGUGCAGAGCAUUGAAAAGAAGCCUGCAGUUUGGUUCUCUAUCCAUCCAGUGAUUAGUGACUGGUUGCAGUUACGAGAACGGAAGCGAUCAAUUCGAGAAAGGAUAUUGCGAAAGACUAUAAGACUGAUGAGCGUGGUGGUGAAAUCUUCUUUCGCUGAAGCUGCGCAUGGAUCUAGGAGACAAGAGUUGCUAGCACAUCUGGACUCUUGUCAGACCAGUUCGCGGUACAUAAAGCUUACUAAACCCCUUGGAUGCACUUAUAUGAGAGAGGAAACAAAUUCGUUUGGGGAGUUUUAUGCAAGACAAGGAAAAUUUGAAAGAUCAGAGCAACUAUAUGGGGCUCUAUUAAAGGAAGAUAGAAAUAGUCUCGACGGAAGUGACAGGAACCUGUUGGUCAGCAUGACUAACCUAGCGUUGACGUACUGGAAUCAAGGGCGGUGGAAGGAGGCCGAAGAGCUGUUUGUGCAAGUGCUGGAGACAGGAAAGAGGAUGCUUGGGGACGAGCAUCCAGACACGCUGACCAGCAUGGCCAACCUAGCGUCGACGUACAGGAAUCAAGGGCGGUGGAAGGAGGCCGAAGAGCUGUUUGUGCAAGUGCUGGAGACGGGAAAGAGGGUGCUUGGGGACGAGCAUCCUUCCACGCUGACCAGCAUGGCCAACCUGGCGCAUACGUGGAAGUCCCAGAACCAAGAUAAAGAGGCUAUCUUACUAAUGAAAAGGUGCCUCGAGCUACAGGGGAAGAUCCUUGGCCCCCAACAUUCUAACACGGAGUCUUCGCUCGAUUCACUAAAUAUGUGGCAAAUAGAUCACCUAGAGCUAGGUACUUAAAGCUACGCUAUAUUUAAAAGAUACGAAAAUAGUGCGAAUGCAGAAGUGUUCUAAGUGUUUAGGAGUGGCU